UAGAUUUACCGCCCACCCUUUUACACCCAUCCAUGGAAAACCCGAAUGCGUAACAUUUAGGUGACAACGAUGGGCAUGGUUCAACCUGAAAUAUCUUAAGUUUCUUGACCAUGUUGACGAUCAGAAGUUUGUGAAGAACACAGGGAACUGACUGUUUAUGACAAAACGACAUACAGUUAUCAAAGACGACACAAUCAGUCAUUUCACCCAAGGAGGCAUGCAUAUACGGAUUUAUAGGCUUUGACAACAAACAACCAAAAUGGCGGCCGGUGAAUUAGAAAGUGUCUGAGUGCAUGUAGGAUAUUUGAACGGAGAAUAGGAGUACUGCAUCCCAUCUGAUCCUGCAGAUUGAUGCCCUGACUUGGUAGAAGGUAAUGGCGAGUGUAUAUUCAUCAACUCCAGAGACAACGAACGCAAACAGAGCGUGUCGAGUCGUACUCGGUCCCUGUACGGAUGGUCUACGUGACGUACUACGUCAAGAAGUUCCACCACACACAUUCCAUCAUGUCAUCAAACAAAACAAACUCAAUCUUCCUCGUUUGACGGCUGUUCAGCGUGACCUAAUUUUACCUAAGCAUGGAGGUUAUUCCGGAAUAUAUGAUGAUAUGGACAUUUCAUUAUUGUAUAUCUUAUUGAGAAACAUAACCAACAUAUCUCCUCACUCCAAAGGCUGGGGCAACGAUCCCGACCCCCAUGACACCAGUCUCUCGGCCAACGUCGAGAGGAUUCGAUUGGUCCGGAAUCGUUGUGUUCACUCAUGUGAUCCAUCCAUGUCCAACACAGACUUUAACUCCAUCUGGUCCACCAUUAAAUCGACAAUGGUGGAUCUUGAUGCCUUCCUCAUGAAUGCAAACAAAUAUGAAAAGGCGGUGGAUUUCCUAUGUCACGAGUCGAUGGACCCGCAAAAUGACCUACAUUACGAAGAAGAACUGAGGAAGCAGGUGGAGGAAGAUACCAAGACAAGGGAAAAGGUGGACAAUCUUGAGAAUAAAUUGGAGAAACUAACAAAGUCACCCGUUCCCCAAAAUGUGAGAGAGCAAUAUGAUAUUGACAUUCAGAAAUGGAGAGAGGAAGACAAGAUUUACUACGAAACCCACAGCUUUCCGUCAAUGAUGGAGAAAGUGAGGAACCAACCUUGUGUGACGUUUGUUGGUGUGCCUGGGUCCGGAAAGUCUGCAACGGCUCACCACAUCGCCCUCAAGCUCCAGGGGGAAGGUUACCAGAUUGUUCCAACAAAAGAUGUUAAGAAGAUGGAGGACUAUGGUGACCCCAGGGAUCCGCAGGUUUUUGUUAUUGAUGAUGUGGUGGGUGUUUUUGGCCUCCAGAAAGCUAAAUUAGAUGUGUUGACUGAUUAUGAACAGAAAAUAACAUAGCCUUGUAUGGUUAAUUCUAGAACUUUGAUGACAUGUAGAGAGGAUGUGUUCAAUGAGACACUACCUUACAAACCAUUCCUUACCAAAGAAGAGACUGUGAUUAAGUUACACAGUUCUGAUCAUGCAUUAGACAAUCAUGACAUAAAACAGCUUCUCCAGAAGCAUGGUUUGAAUGUUAAUCUAAUAUCACCUGCAUUGCUGACAUCAACAUCUCGCAUGUUUCCUCUUCUCUGUAAAUUGUUUUCAAAGGAACCAAAAUUCCAAGCUCUUGGUUCAAAGUUUUUUCUGAAUCCAGUCCAAUGUAUCAUUGAUGAACUUGAUAAUAUGCAGAGGCAUAACAAACAGAAUUAUGCAACACUUGUUUUGUGUAUGCUAAAUGAAGACAGGCUCUCAGAAAACAUUCUAGAGGAUAACAAAAAUGAACAUUUCAUUAACAUGAAAAAAAAACUUUUAAAAAAUUGCAGAUUAGAACACUACACUGAUACUUUCAAGUUUAUGGAUGCUUUGUCAGCAAUGGAGGGGACAUACACAAAACAGUGUGGUGCACAGUACACAUUUAUACAUGACUCCAUGUUUGAAAUCUGUGCUUAUCAGUACGGCAAACAGUUUCCUGACCAAAUGUUGCAGUAUAUGUGUAGUAGUUAUAUUGCUAAUAAUAUCAAAAUCCAGACAAGUGAACCAGGAAAUGUUAACAAUGUGAAA